AUGGAAACUGUUGCAACUGAACUAAGUGAUUCUGGAAUAGAAGUCGACAAUAUGGCAUUUAAAGAAGCUCAGAUGAAUGUUGCUAACAAAUGCAACAAUAGCAGUUAUAUAAAUCCACUCAAUCUUCAGGACAUCCAGAAAGGACAUCAAAACAUGUACUUUUUAAAAGAAAUUCGAGUCAUAAUUAAACCUAAAAAAAAGUGCAAAUUCAACGAAAAUAUGCGACUUAAUUUAAAAAUGUUCAAAGCCAUUGAAAAUGAGGAGGCAGAAUGCACUGUUCGUAAUCUGAAAAUUAAUUUAAGUUACAAGGGAACAACAGCUCUGGAAAAUCAUAUAAAUUGCGAUGCUCACUAA